UCGUGGUACCUGCUGUUUCGAAACAGUUUCUUCUGCAAAGUUUCUCGAAUCCUCUAAUUCGUUUCUUCGUUGUUCCACCGGAAUAAUCCUGAGGCUGGUGAAAUCUUAGACUAAUUACUUGACAAGAGAACGUCUUACGUCGUUCCACGGUAACUCUAGAAUCUUAAACUGAGAAUUAAAUUGACCAGAAGACUUCUAUGCUCUUCCAUGAAUUAAAGACUAAGGACAACGAGGCUUCCAAUUUUUCGUACCGAAAAAAGUUAACUGAAUCUUCCAAUAAACUCGAGAAAAAAGAAGACACGGCGAAACACGAGAAUCGAUGGAAAACAGCAUCGAUCACCUGGAGAAUGAUCUUGAACCUUCCUAGACGAUGGAUCAGCUCGAAGCAAGAAACGAGGGACAUUGUUUGAUCGCGUGAUCGCUGCACGUAAGCUAGAUCGCGUUCGAGGCGAGUUAUUGGCGAUUCGUGGCACGCGGGAAUUCGUGUAAGUCCGGUGUCGAGUCGCCCGUUUCGACGUCGUUUUCGUGUGCUGAAUGAUGAUCGUGUGAAUCAUUCGAAUUACCUGCUGGCUACUGCUACGUCUUCUCGUUUGGAAGCAUGAUAAAGAGAGCGUUUAACUAUAAAUUUGGAUAUUAUGACCUGCGCCGUACUCCUUGACACGGUGUUAAUAUUAAUAUCUAGUUGGUGACCUUCCAAGUGUCUGUGAAUAUUUGUAAACUAGACGGGCACGUUUUAAGUGUCUGUCACACCGAACAAGACAGAGUUAAAUUUUAUCGUCGCUGGUAGAGCUUGUGUUGAGAAGUGGACAUUUCUCGAUAGUUGUUGGUUAUAAUGGCACCUGCAGUGACUCUGGACUGGUCAGAACCAUGCCAGCACUGGCGUUACCCUAAAUUCUGCCCUGCAGGGCAACAGAAGCAUGAAAGAGCGAAGAGCGCUAUGGAGUUGAGCAGCAAAGAGGCGAACACUGCUUACAAAAAAUUCUGCAAGUUCCUGCGACGGUUGAAAAAUAAAAAACAUAGAGAUGGCAACAAAGUCACAACCGUGGUGGCUACACCUGGUGCUGGUCCAGAUCGCCCCCAAGAAAUCUCCUACACAGACACUAAAGUAAUCGGUAACGGCAGCUUCGGCGUUGUCUACCUAGCGAAAUUAUGUGACACGCAAGAACUGGUCGCAAUCAAGAAAGUUCUUCAAGACAAACGAUUUAAGAACAGGGAGUUACAAAUCAUGCGGCGUCUCGAGCACUGCAACAUCGUCAAGCUGAAAUAUUUCUUCUACUCCAGUGGUGACAAGAACAUCUUAAACGCAACUAAUCCAGUUUUUCAUGUGGACAAGGACGAGGUUUAUCUGAACCUAGUGCUGGAAUACAUACCCGAAACUGUGUAUAAAGUCGCUCGGCAUUAUAACAAAAGCAAGCAGACCAUACCGAUCAAUUUCAUCAAGCUAUAUAUGUACCAACUGUUCCGUUCUCUGGCGUACAUUCACUCGCUGGGGAUCUGCCACAGGGAUAUCAAGCCACAGAACCUCCUGUUGGACCCAGAAUCUGGUGUUCUGAAGCUUUGUGAUUUUGGCUCGGCCAAACACCUGGUCAAGGGAGAGCCCAAUGUGUCUUACAUCUGCAGUCGUUACUACCGCGCGCCUGAGCUGAUCUUUGGUGCUAUAGAUUAUACCACAAAAAUUGACGUGUGGAGCGCAGGUUGCGUAGUAGCAGAACUACUGCUUGGCCAACCGAUAUUCCCUGGUGAUAGUGGUGUAGAUCAGCUGGUCGAGAUCAUCAAGGUCCUGGGCACACCGACCCGCGAUCAGAUACGUGAGAUGAACCCCAACUAUACCGAGUUCAAAUUCCCACAGAUUAAGGCGCACCCGUGGCAAAAGGUAUUCAGGGCACGCACGCCGCCGGAAGCAAUGGAGUUGGUGGCCAGGCUGCUAGAGUACACGCCAUCCGGUCGAAUCACGCCCCUAGAAGCGUGCGCUCAUCCGUUCUUCAACGAGCUACGAGAACAGGGCACGCGGUUACCCAAUGGAAGGGAGCUACCCCCUUUAUUUAACUUUACAGAGUAUGAGCUACGAAUCGACCCGGAGCUGAACUCGAUCCUGAAGCCGAAGUACAUGCAGACCUCGGAGAAUCCUGGUGGCCAGUCGGAACCGGUCGCGGGGAGUAGCGGUAACUCUAGUGAUAAUAACGUGAACACCAACACGCUGUCCACCUCAAAGAACACAGACCCCGGCCAGUCGAACAUGGCUUAAUAAGCUGGUUUCUAUUUUUCAACAAAAAAAAAGAAAAUAAAUAAAUAAAUAAAAAUAAAAAACUAACGUAAUUCAAACAACAGACAGACAACAACAACAACAACAACAGAACCGAGAAUUCUUCAUGUGUUAGAAAACUAGCCUUAAAUGAAAACGAAAAAUGAUGAAAAAAUACGGAAGUACGGUAGAACGAGAGAGGAUGAUACCGCAAGGGAGAGAAAGGGAGAGGAAAUAAUGUCAAAGGUGAAUAGAGAAGCGUGAGAAAUAUUCUUCUGAGGAGGAUGUCUGAAGUAAAAGAGAACAAACAAAACAAAGUAACGAGAGAACAGCAGAAACAGAUAACACGUACACAACACUCUCAUCCCCCUCCCCCCCAGGUUGUAAAUUUUUCUCGAGACUCUCGAUAUAU